AAUCUGCUCAUUCUUCUGCUGAUUGUCUUGGAUCCACAUCUUAAAAGCCCCAUGUACUUUUUCCUGGGGAACCUCUCCUUCCUGGAGGCUUGCUACAGUUCCAAUAUAUUUCCAAGGGUGAUUUCAGCUCUCCUGACUGGGGACAGGACAAUUUCCUUCAUUAGCUGUUUCACACAACUCUAUUUCUUUGGUUCAUUGGUAUCUGCAGAAUGCUGUUUACUCUGUGUGAUGUCUUAUGACAGAUAUUUAGCAAUCUGUAAACCAUUGCAUUAUGCAGCCAUCAUGAAAAGCUGGACAUCUAUCCAGCUGGCAGCUGUAUCUUGGAUCAAUGGAUUUGUGGCUUUGACCGUACUCCUUGUGUUGAUGUUACAGUUAAACUUCUGUAGCUCCACUGAGAUUGAUCAUUACUUCUGUGAAUACUUUCCUAUUCUGAGACUCUCCUGCAGUGAUACUAGUGUGGUGCAAAUGUUGAGCUUCAUAGUGGCCUCCAUAUUCACGUUCCCACCUUUUCUCCUGACGCUUGUAUCUUACAUUUAUAUUAUUGUUGCCGUCUUAAAAAUUCCCUCUACUACUGGGAGGCAAGAAGCUUUUUCUACCUGUUCAUCUCACUUGAUUGUAGUUUCUGUUUUCUAUGGAGCUCUAAUUAUUGUGUAUAUGACCCCAAAGGCUGAAAUUAGGAGAGACAUGCAAAAAUUUUCCUCUCUCUUGUAUACCGUUUUGCCUCCUCUGGUCAACCCCUUUAUAUACAGUCUGAGAAAUAAGGAGGUCAAGGAUGCCCUGAGAAACAAUAUCUGCAGGAAUUUUCAUUUUCUUUCAAAGGAAACCAGAGGAAAGUGGUUUAUGUAG